AUGGCGACCCCUGCCGCGCAAAGAUCGUCCCACAACACCGAUGCCGAGUACAACCUACCAAAUGACACCGUCGAGCAUAACCGCCUCGAAGACCAAGCCGCCGGCUUCGCAGACCUCAUGCACAACCGCGUGAUCCACGCCCCCCUCCGCAACCCGCACCGCCUCCUCGACAUCGGCUGCGGAACCAACGCCGUCACGCACCAUCUCGCCGCCACCUACCCGACCGCCUCCCACAUCUACGGCCUCGACCUCUCCCCCGUCCCGCACAUCCACCGGCCCCGGGCGGCCCCGACGGCGAACGUCACGUACAUCCAAGGCGACGUGAAAAAGCUGUCCAGGACCGACGAACGGCUCGCGGCCGGCUCUUGA